AUGCUAAAAGAAUUCUUGAUGCUUUUACUGAGUAAACCCAGAGAUAAACAAGCGACCAAUAUAUUGCCCGUGAAUAGUGUGCUCACAACCGAUAUUGAGCCUGACAUGCAACAGGAAGCUAGUGGAAAUACAAAUGAUGUUGCGGCUGAGAAACCUGAUUGUAGUAAUUGCGAGGAUAUGGCGAUUAAGCUAUCCGAAGUUGAGAGGGAACUGUUCGGUUUGUAUGAUAUAACUUAUAAAAUCUAUAAUUCUGUUAGCGAUUCGACAGCGAUAGGUGAUGAUUUGGGCCAAACGUUUUGUAAGGAUGGUCACAUUAAUGCAAUAGAUCAGCUCAAUCAGAACAACGAGCGCCCCCUUUCAGAAUAUGAUGAAUUGACAACAGACUUAGAGGAAGUUAAGCUGGAUGCGGUGAUAAAUCACACUAAACUAUCCAACAUUAUCUCAUCAAAUAGUAAGGUUAUUAGCGAAAAUACUCAAGAAAUAAAUCAACUCAACGAACAAUUGACCAAUGUGCAAGGUGAGCGCCAAACACUCAUUAAGAAAAUAUCAAAACAAAGUGAGAUAAUCCAUAUCAAGCAACUAUCCUCCAAAGUGGAGAAUUUGCAAAACACACAAGCAAUUCAUAGUGCUCAACAUGUCAUAAUACCUGAAGUCAACCCGACUAUGCAAAAUAUCUCACCGCUGCCUGCCAUGAGAAUUACAACUGAUGCCAAAUCAACACCAAAGGUCCCAACUGCCUCAUCAUAUCCUAUGCUAAAAAAUACAAACUUUCCGGUAGACUGGCUGGGAAAGUUGCCCCUCAUCGAAGGAAAACAUAAACUGCAAUCCGUUAAGUUCUUAAACAAUAAACUUGUAAAUGGUCAAAAGGAAAAUUUUGAAAGCACUUCCUACACGCAUCAAAAAUAG